AUGUUAAAAUCAGGCGGUGUCUUGGUUACACUUUCGUUGAAAAUUUCUCUGUGUGAUGAACUGAAAUCCAAGUUUGUGGACUUUUUAAUUAACUUGCCUUCUCAUUCUUCGUCUGAAGAACCUGUUUGUAAUACUUGCAAAAGUGAUAAAUAUGUGUUCGAUUUUAUGAUGGCAUCAAGAAAGACAUUCAUGUUUCCUGAAAAACCUACACCACCAGUCUUUGACAAAACCUUAACUGGACCUCAAAAACUAUUUUGUGAUGUGCUAGAUUGGUGCAAAACAAUUGAUGAUGGCUGGUCAAAAGACCAGUUAAACUGUCCAAAAAAAUUUUGUGGAAGAUUACAAAUUUUUUGUGAUUUAAGAUAUCAUAAUAUCAAUGUAUCCAGAUUAACAGAUGAACAACGAUUAUUACAGAAAUUAUUAGAACAUUAUGAUCCCAAUACUAGACCAGUAUUUGACGCAGCAAAACCAGUGGUUAUACGACUUGGUAUCACUUUAACACAAGUUUUAGAUGUGGACGAGAAGAAUCAAGUUUUAUCUACAAAUGUUUGGCUAGAUCAGGAAUGGUAUGAUGAGAAGUUGUCGUGGAAUAAAGAAGAGUUUAGUAAUAUAUCCAUCAUUAGAAUACCUUGUAAAUUACUUUGGUUACCAGAUAUUGUUUUAUAUAACAGUGUUGAUAAUCAUAAUAAAGGCUAUAUGAAGAGUUUAGCAAUGGUAGAAUCUGAUGGAAAGGUCUUCUGGCCACCAAUAGUUAGAAUGAGAAGUUCUUGUAAAAUGGAUAUCACAUACUUCCCAUUUGAUGACCAAGUGUGUCGAUUAAAGCUAGGAUCAUGGGCUUACGACGGAUUUCAAGUGGACGUGUCAAACAGAAGUACUGAUAUAGAUCUUGAAAAUUAUGUUGAUAAUGGUGAAUGGACGUUGAUUGAUACGAAAGUUAUAAGAAAUGUGAUAUUUUACCCUUGUUGUAGGGAACCGUUUCCUGAUGUAACAUUUUAUAUACAUAUAAGACGCCGUGUGUUAUAUUAUUUUUUCAACGUUAUUAUACCAUGUAUGUUACUGUCUAGUUUAUCAAUGACUGGAUUUCUCCUUCCACCAGAUUCUGGUGAAAAAGUGACGCUUGGUUUAACUGUGUUACUUGCUUUCUCAGUAUUUAUGUUAUUGGUAGCUGAAAAUAUGCCACCAACAUCUGAAUAUAUCCCUCUUAUAGGUAUUUAUCUUACAGUUAUUAUGGCUAUGAGUGCCCUCUCUGUUGCUCUCUCAGUAUUUGUACUCAAUUGUCAUCAUAAAGGAGUUCUACUUCAUCGUCCCUCCAAAUACAUCAAAAUGGGUGCUUUAUUACUUGGUAGAUUAUUAUGUGUACAACUUAAUUAUAUCACGAAAACAGACGGCUAUAAAGAUGUGAUUGACAAUCAAGGCGAAUCUGAGAAUUUGAUAGAAAAUGGGAAAGUUGAGAACAAUAACCCGACUGACAGGCCGCGACUUGACCUAAACCUUAACGGACUAAUCGACAAUAAUCAACGAUCAAUACAAAAUCCAGGAUCUAAUGGUCGCCAAACUCCAAAUUCUGAACUAGAAAAAGAAAUAUUAAGGUAUUUGAAGUGUGUUUUAGAGGCUUAUGAACGGGGUAGAAGUGAACGGUUAGCUGUAGUGGAAUGGCAAGAAAUUGCUCGUGUGAUGGAUAAACUAUUUUUUAUCAUUUUCAUUACAAUUACAUCAGUGUCUACGUUAGUCCUUCUUAUAAUCAGUCCAAUGACAAAAAUAACAACGAUACCGUUUCAAUAG